UAUGCCAAUAUUUUGUACAGCAUAGUUCUGAUCAGUGCCUUUAUGGGAUGUAUUCCCUUGUGCAUCUAUGGAUGUCUCCUGUGUGCUUUGAAUACGCUUCUGGUCAAGACACGUUGGUUUCUUCGACGAGGAGAGGAGGAGACCUGGAAGAAUGCCCAAUUUCAAGAGCUACCUCCACAAGAAGUACUGGUCUAGCUAGCCAGCUAAUAGCUUCACUAAACAGAACUUGAAGCAGAAAUGCAUCUUGCCUUUGUUUGCGUGAUUCGAUUCUGUGGUGGUACCUCCGAUAGUACCGGUAUCUCCACAACCCCUUGCUUUAGCGCCACUGACAGGGUGUUGAUCUCGCCAUGUUCUUUUUUACAACAGGUGGGAGGGUAUCUUUCAGUCGUGCAAUAUCCUUGGCGUGAAAUUUCACUGCCGCCAAGUCGUCCGUUGGCACAAGGACCAGAACACCAGUUGUCAAUUCUGGUUCCCACGCAAACUGGGGAAGCACCAGCUCCAGGAGGCGGAGCUUAUUCCAAGCCAGAAGAUACUGUAUCUCAUUUAUUUUGCAGCGAUCAAUAAAUAAAUAAUGAGCACAAGAUGACAACCGUCGUGAAGAAGCAAGUCAGUUUCCGGCAGGAUGCCAAAGACCACAACAGCAACAACAAUGACUCCAAUAAUAAUGAUGUUUCCGCUGCCGUUUCUUGGAACAUGUCUUCCAAAUCCACGAGUUCGGAAGGAUCGAGUAAUAGUCACAGUAGUAGUAGUGGUGGUAGUAGUACCUCUGUGAUUCCAUCGUUGGGAGAACGCUUGAUUCGAACACAAACCCAUCGCGAUCCCAUGCGCUACUACGAGGUCGUCCAACAGCUGGGAAGUGGUUCCAUGGGAAGUGUCCACCUCGUCCGCAAACGCACUUUUGGAGGAAGUGCCCGUCGAUCCUUUGUGCGACGUGAACAUUCGACGUGCUGGCGAUUUCCAUGGCCCUGUGGCGGCUUUUGCCUACCCAAAUCCAGAAAAUCGGCGUUAUCGCGACAGAACAAUUAUCACAAACAGAGUUCCUCGAUUGUUUCCUUUGGAACGUCCGUCCCUGUGGAUUUUGCCCUCAAGACGAUUCUGUUGAGAAAAUGUCGCAACGAUUCCUACAAACAAGAAUUACUCCAUGAAAUUGCAGUCUUGAGAAGUUUGGAUCAUCCCAAUAUUGUACGAGCGGUCGAAACCUACGAUUAUCACCACAAGUUGUAUUUGGUGCUGGAGUUGUGUCACGGAGGGGAUCUGUACGAACGAGAUCCCUACACGGAACCACAAGCCAAAAGUAUUGUCUAUACCUUGUUGGAUGCCAUUGCCUAUUUGCAUUCCAAAAAUAUUACACAUCGAGAUUUGAAGUACGAAAACAUUAUGUUUGCCAGCCCAACUUCGAACACGAUCAAAAUAAUUGACUUUGGCUUGUCCAAAAAGUAUGGCCAGGAAGAAAAUGAAAACGAUGACGACAACAAUCCACAAGGCAUGAUGAAGGAAUUCGUGGGAACCCUCUACACCAUGGCCCCGGAAGUCAUUCGAGGCAACUACACGGAAAAAUGCGACGUUUGGUCCAUUGGAGUACUUGCGUUCAUGUUAUUGAGUAGUUGUUUUCCCUUUUUUGGAGAGAACGACAAGGAAAUUGCAACAAAAAUUGUGGGCAAUCAGUGGGACUUUUGGGAUGACGAACGAUGGAAGGGCAUUGGUGGAGAUGCCAAGGGGUUUGUAAAACGUAUCUUGACACUAGAUGCCGCGACGCGUCCCUCUGCCACGAAUGCCAUGGAGAAUGGAUGGUUUGAUAGUUUACGCGACAAGGACCAGAACGUGUUGCCAAUCAGUGACGCAGUCAUGGAUCGUGUUCAAGCCACCAUUCAGACAUUUGCCGGGUACUCUAUUUUGAAGAAAUUGGCCCUGUUGGUGAUUGCCCACCAGUCCAUUGACGAAGAAAUUGGAUUCUUGCGACGUCUCUUUCUACAACGGUUCGAUACCGAAAAGGCCAAUGCCAACGUGUCGUUUCCCGAGUUCAAGGAGGCACUCAAAGAACACUACAACUACAGCGACGACGAACUAUGGACCAUGUUUUGUGGUAUGGAUAUUGAUGGAACGAACAAGGUCAGUUUUACAGAGUUCCUGGCGGCGUCUAUUGAGGCGCACGGGUUGAUUGAAGAGGAACGAAUCGCAGAAGCCUUUGAUCGAAUUGAUUGUGACGAUUCGGGGUACAUUACAGUCGACAAUCUAAGGGAUGUUUUGGGAGACGAAGUCGACGAUGACUUUAUUGACGAAUUGGUGAACCAAGUCAAAACGACAGGCGACGAGGAGGAGGAUCGUCACAACAUUAUUAGCUAUGAAGACUUUUUGGGUCUUUGGGACAGCAAUGGCGACGAGACCUUGCGGAGGAACCUGUUGGACGUUCAGAGACGGCGACGAACCACUAGCGAGAGUCCCCGCACUGUCAUGGCGUCAUCGCAGGACAAGCACAGCACCGCCAGGACCCCAGAUCAGUCCGCCGAAGGGUCUACUAAACACGGGAUGGGUUACUCCCAAUUUGAGAAAGAAAAGGCGAAAUCCCGUCGUGGAGUUUGGAUGUCGAUACGGCAACCUACUGGGACCUAG